CCCCCCUUCUCUCACCCUCUCACUGUAUAAUGACACAUUGUCUGCAGGCCACUCUGAAGCCGAGGGAACAACAGGGUCCUGCCGGGACUCUGGGACCAGUCUGAGCGCACCCAGGGAAUGAAGCAGCAAAUAAUAAUAGCAACAGGAUUAGAAGAACUGAAGGUUGUGGAGUCUGCAGGAGCAUACAACGAAAACAAAGCACAGGCUGUCCUCAUGUGUGAGUUGAGGAUGACUCUGCAGUCUCUGAUGAUGGCCAUUGCAAUGGUCCUGGUCUUCCUGGGCCCCCACCCAAGCAUGGCAGCCCCUCCAAGUGAGCCUGAUGAUGAGGGUUUUGACCUCGAAAAUUACGACCUGAACAGUGAAAUGGACUGGGAUAACCUGGACAUCAACAUUUAUGGAGACAGUUAUGAUUAUGACGACUUGGACCAAGAGAUUGAGGUGGGCAGCGUGGCACCAGAAGCGCCUCCACCAGCCAACCAGUUCACAUCUGAACACUACGAGGAGGAGUUGACCCUGCCCACCUUGCCUCCAGCUCCUGUCAACCUGGACUUCAACGGACCAGGUCUCUUUGGUCCUGACACUGGCCUGGAUAUGCCUACCUGCCUACUUUGUGUGUGUAUUGGCGGGAGUGUGUACUGUGAUGACAUGGGCCUGGAUCAGAUCCCACCCCUGCCCAAAGAUACCACCCAUUUGUAUGGCCGCUUCAACAAGAUCCGACAUGUCAAGAACACCGACUUUAUCAACCUCAAUAAACUCCAGUCCAUUGAUCUAACAGGGAACCAGAUCUCAGCGAUGGAUGAGGAUGUGUUUCGCUCUCUGCCUCAGCUCAAGGAGUUACUGUUGGCUGACAACAACCUGCAGGUCAUGCCCGAGCUGCCAGUCACCUUAAAACACAUAGAUCUACGUAACAACAGGUUGAUCAGUCGUGGGGUACAUCCUGAGGGAUUCGUGGAUAUGAGCCACCUGGAAUUCCUCUAUCUGUCCAACAAUAACCUGGAUUACAUUCCUACACCACUACCACUGGGUUUGAGAGUGUUACACCUGCAGAAUAACAACAUCCAGUCUCUGCAUGAGGACACCUUUUGCAACCGUCAUGAUCGCAACUUCAUCCGCCGUAACCUGGAAGACAUCCGUCUGGACGGCAACCCGCUGGACAUCAACUUGUUUGCCCAGGCCUACAGCUGCCUGCCACGCCUGCCUGUAGGGAGUCACUGACAACUGCAAAAUUAGAAAAACCAAAUCAGUACAUUAACACAAGUUAAAUAGGUGUUUUGACAACCCAUUCCCACUCCCAACUCGUAAAAUACGGACACUUGGGCAGUGCCUCC